AUGGAGAAGCACAUUUUCUUAUUGAUUCUUCUCUUUCUAAUUCAAUUUUCUGUAUCAUUUGCUUCCUCAAAUGAGAGUGACCAACAAGCUCUAUUAGCUUUCCAAAAUCUUAUUACAAGUCCUAAUCAUUUUUUGGCCACUAAUUGGACCAAAAAUACUUCUUUUUGCUCUUGGUAUGGUGUCACUUGUAGUCCAAAAAGGCAAAGGGUUGUGGCCUUGACUCUUCCUAAUUUGCAACUUCAAGGCACAAUUUCCCCGUCUUUGGCCAAUUUGUCCUUCCUCAGUGAGAUCAAUCUUGGGAACAAUAACUUCUGUGGUGGCAUCCCUUAUGGACUUGGCCACUUGCCUCGCUUGCGAGUGAUUGAUAUUCAAAACAAUCAGUUUAACGGAAGUAUACCAACAAGUCUAUUUCAAAACCGGAGAGUUCAAAUAAUUUCAUUGGCUUUCAAUGAACUCAGUGGUGAAAUGUGGAGAGGGCCAUGGUAUGUACCCAAACUCAGAGUCUUAAAUCUCGGGAACAAUAACCUAACCGGUAUAGUCCCUCCUUCUGUUGGAAAUGCCACAAAAAUGAUGAACUUCAGUUUGUCUGGGAAUAGAGUCAGCGGCAACAUUCCAAAGGAGGUCGGUAAUCUGAGCCAGCUUGCAUUUCUGCCCUUGAUCGAUAAUCAAUUAACUGGUUCCAUUCCUACAUCACUUUUUAAUAUCUCGUCACUUCUUGUCCUAACUCUGAGAAAUAAUAUCCUUUCUGGUCCUCUCUUGCUAAACGAAGGAAAUAUUGUUUCAAAUCUGAAAAUUUUAAGUAUAUCUUACAACCAAAUAUCUGGUUGCAUUCCUUCCAACAUAUGCCAACUCACAGAGCUCAAAGUUUUGUCCAUAUCUUUCAACAAUAUAGCUGGAGAUAUACCCAGAAAUAUUGGUUGUUUAUCCAAACUCGAGAAAUUUUAUAUGGGUGAUAAUCCAAUAAAAGGGACUAUUCCCACUUCAUUGGGAAAUAUUUCCACUCUGCAUGAUCUUUACUGUCGAAACAAUCGGAUAGUGGGGGGAAUUCCUCCGGAAUUAGGGAAGCUAUCAAAUUUGAGGCAAUUAACCUUUGACAAUAAUUCUAAUCUUAUUGGUCAAAUUCCAGAGGCUAUUUUCAACAUAUCUUCUUUGGAAUUGAUUCUUUUCAAUUUCAACAACCUCUCCGGGAGAAUUCCAACCACUACAGGUCUUCAUCUUCCGAACCUUAAAGUACUUCAGUUGGGAGUCAAUCAGCUGGAAGGAACUAUUCCUAAUAAUUUGGGGAAUCUUCGUGAGCUGCAAACACUGCUCCUACAUACCAAUGAACCAAGAGAACGUGAGUUGUUAUUCUUCAAUUCGUUGGCGGACUGUAAGAUGUUGCAAUAUCUACAAGUGGGUAAAAAUCCGUUGAAUGGCAUUCUGCCCAAUUCAAUUGGGAAUCUUUCAUCUACUAUUGAAAACAUUUAUAUAGGAUAUGCACACAUCAAUGGCCUCAUCCCCACAAGUAUAGGCAACAUGAGCGGUCUUACAGCCCUAAGCCUUGGAGAAAACAACUUGACAGGGAGUAUUCCUUCUGAGAUUGGUAAGCUUAAACAACUCCAAGGACUCGAUCUAUCUAACAAUAAAUUGCAGGGACAUAUUCCCGAGGCGAAUGCUUAG